CUCAGCGGCCAGAGAGGCGCCUUCUCCCCUCCUUGCAUACACAGUAGCAAAUGAGGAUAUAUGCGCUCCAAUCAGCGCGCUCGCUGAUGCAGCCGUCAACCACAUAUUUUUGUGGCGCCUGCGGGCUCAUCAUGGAAGAUGGAGCCGUCAUGAGCUGAGGCCGCCAAGAAGUGACAGAAAUACCGAAAUGUGCAUCAUCCAAUGGCCCGCUCUCAAGAGAUUUUGGGAUGGGAUAUCUUACCUCUGCUGUCUGACUGUCGGCCACGAAGACUGGCCAUUCCCACCCCGCAAGCACGGCCGAAGCAUAGUAGAAAGAUGACGACUUUCACGAGAAUUCCUGAAGAUGAAACCCCCUCGAUUAUUGUCGAUGUCUCGAGGAGACUUUCGAAAAUCGAUCCAAACAUAUAUGGAGGUUUCAUGGAACACAUGGGCCGCUGCAUCUACGGCGGCAUCUACGACCCCGAAAACCCACUUUCAGACACCCAUGGCUACAGGACUGACGUCCUCUCUGCCCUUCGCGACCUCGACAUUCCCGUGAUCCGCUACCCAGGUGGGAAUUUCAUCGCAACUUACCACUGGCAAGAUGGAGUUGGACCGCGAGAGAACAGACCUUCUCGUCCGGAACUUGCUUGGCUGGGGACGGAAACUAAUCAGUUCGGGACUGACGAAUUCAUGCACUGGCUCGGAGUUUUGAGUGAAGGGAAAGAGAACAGAGUUGAGCCGUAUUUCUGUCUCAACAUGGGAACUGGGUCUCUGGAUGAGGCGUUAGCUUGGGUUGAGUAUUGCAAUGGGACGAGGAAUACUUAUUAUGCCAACCUUCGACGGAAGAAUGGCCAUGAGGAGCCUUACAAUAUUAAGUAUUGGGCAUUAGGUAACGAGGUCUGGGGCCCAUGGCAAGUUGAGCAAAUGACGGCAGAAGACUACUCCAAGAAAGCCUUCCAAUGGGCCAAAGCCCUCAAACUUCUCGAUCCGUCUCUCUGCCUCAUCCUCUGCGGCGAAACCGGCCAUUCAUCAUGGGACCACAAAGUUCUCAAUUUUUGCAUCCAGUACGCGGACAUGCACUCAAUACACAUCUACACGUCUGGCAAAUCGCACCUCUCGAACGUCACCGCGCCGCUCUCGGCUGAGCGCGCGAUUGAGACGGCUGCCGCACUGAUCGAUAUUGCGCGGAUCGAAAAAAACAUACCGCCGAGUGUGGGGAAGACGAAGAUCUGCUUCGAUGAGUGGAAUAUGUGGGAUCCUACGCGGGCACCCGGGGAAAAGGGCGCGGAGGAGCUGUAUACGCUGUCUGAUGCGCUCGGGGUGGCGGUGUGGUUGAAUGUUUUUGUGAGGCAGAGUCGGUGGGUAGGAAUGGCGAAUAUUGCGCAGAGCGUGAAUGUUAUUAGUCCGUUGAUGACGACGAAGGAUGGGGUUGUGAAGCAGGCGACAUGGUGGCCGUUGUUACUUUUCAGUAGGUAUAUGAGGGGUUGGACGGUAGGCGUUCAUGUCAGUGCUGGCGCUUAUGGUGGUGUGACGGAACCAGCUUGGCUUCAGGGGGUGCUGGAGCAAGGUGCUAGUUGGUUGGAUGUCAGUGCUUCUGUGAAUGAACAUGGAGUCAUUAGUCUUGUGGUCGUUAACAUCAACGAGACAACCGACUUUGAAGUUGAUCUGGUGAGUGUGGGAAAAGAAGUAGAGGUAUACACAAUCACUGGGAAGGAUGUCAAAGCUGUGAAUGUGGAAGGGGAAGAGCAAGUGGGCGUGAAGGAGAGUAAAUGGGAUGGCCAAGGAAAGUACAAGUUCGCGAAACACUCCAUGACGUUGCUGAGGUGGUCGACUAGGAAGAAGAUCACAGAGGUGGUGCAGGGAGAUGGGGUACGCUUGAAUACGAGGAAGCUGGGUUGGUCUGCGUAGGCCUUUGAGCGACCCAAAAGCAAAAUAGAUGCAAC